CCUCGCUUUACUAAUUGCUACUACUGCAUAUUGCUUACUUCCCAAGCACCUUGACUGACCGAGAAAAUAUGGAAUCUUUUAGCGCAGUCCCAGAAGUAGGAGAGCCUUCGUCGGCGUCAGCAGCCUCUCAAAUUGCUGCACGGCCAUCUGGUAUUGACGUUCCCACUUUUAUGAGCCGCUAUGACAUGGCACUUGCACAUGACGUAGAAAAAAUUCUCGAAAAGCACGAUAUUGUGGAUGACGAGCUUAUGUCGGAAAUGCUGGAUUUGAUCCUUACCUGGCAGCACGUAAUGAAAGCCAGGCGUGCCCACUAUGGUCACAACGAAGAGAACUUGUGGCGGCGAAUCUACCUAGGUCUCACUGUGGAAGCUACUGCUUUAGGAUCCACGACAACAGACUUGCUGCCCAAGGACAUUGACAUGGAUGCACGCAACUGGCGGAUUAUCCAAGCAUUCACGGGCUCAACGCACAUGCAUGAAUUUCUCGGAGUCACAAUUGAUGCGGUGCAUUCGCUCCUGGCUUGUGCGCGUCCUUCUGUGGUUGAGCCUUAUUUGAAAGAAGCCGAGAUUACUGGGCUACAACAAUCAGUAACAACUGCCGCAGUAGAAAAACAAACUGAGCAGCAGCAGACGGAACAUCAAGGGGAAGCAGGUCAAAGUGAUGUAUCGACGCAACGACAGCCAGGAUCAACGGUACCCUUUGACGGCUCUGAUUUGCAUUCAUCAAGCACUACUGAUACGAGCGAAGGUGAUCCAUCAAAUAUUCCAAGCACACUUGUUCCCUUGGCCGAUGUGAAAGCAAUGAAAGCGUCGGAGCCCAGUGACAAGAACCAGGAUGUGGGUCCCACUAUACAGCGUGAAUCAGAUUACCCAAAUACAACUCUACAACAACAGCAGCCAAAUAAAGAACGCGGCGAUCUUUCUAGCGUGGGUGACAGCAGUAGCAGCACUGACUCUCCGGUAAAAGCCGAAAAAGGAGAAGAAGCAGCAGCAGCAGCAGCAGGAGCAGCAGGAGCCAAAAACUCGACGAUGGCCACCACAGCUUCAGCCGCUUUACCCCCAAAUACAGCAGCAGAAGUUCCACGUCCAUUUGCGGCCACAGCUUCUUCUCUAUCCAAGGGCAAAAUGCCAGCAAUGUAUACAGCUCAGCCUGUGAACGAGCAGCAAUGCAUCGACGCCUUUAUGCGUCCAUGCCGUAAGAUACUUCACGAGAUGCUCUUGCAAUACGAGCAGUCAUCCAAUCCGUUCGAAGUCGGCCCAGUUGGUGUGGUGGAAGACCUUGUCAAGAGCGUUUCUCAGUUGAUUGGCGAAGUUGAAAAGCCAGAUGCUCAGCAAACAUCGGCUACCAAAAAUUUCCACAAGUUGUUGAUGGGAUUUGCGCAAGACGAUGGCGGCCGGAGUCAUAUGGACCAAUUGAUCGACGCGUUGAAGCAAAUCACUGUUGACGCUGAGACGAAGCACCAGAUCUUUGAAAUAUGGUCGACCUUACUCGCAGACUGCCAGACGCAGCGCGAACACGAACUGACAGUGAACGAGCUGAGUGAGCCUAUAAUGUCUGAAGCCGAUACAUUGCUCCAACGUGUGGCCGAGCUUAUUCUCGCGCAUGAUGUGCAUGUCAUGGAGGUGCUGCAUCAUGCCAGUGCAAUCGUCUUGCCGUACUCCGGCGGAUUCUCUCAUACUCUGGCGUACAAGGCUAGACGACUGGGAUCAGAGGUGCUUUGGGACUCGCUACAUGGUCGUCCAACCUUCAACAAGAUACACUGGUCGAAGUUCAAGGCUGUUUAUCCGGAGCUGUGUAAACUUCUUGGUCCUUUGUCCAUUGGGCGCAUUGAAACAAAAUUUCAUGGUUAUGAUGUUGUUCUGGAAAAUGUUAAAGUGGACUUGGAGCACGCGUUUCCCAAAAACGUUAUGCACCGCAUCUACAGCGAAUUUAGUCAGGCACCUGAAAUCGAUCAGUUUAAAGCAGGAGAAGACGUACACAAAUCCAUCGACAUGGCCACCUACUCGUUCAAUAGCAUGGAUAUUCACCUUCACGCCGAUUACAUUUACAAGAAAAACGUUGGUUUCCCACUCUACAUGGAUUACGGCCACGUGCAUGCUAGCGCUCAUGAUGCUUGUGUCAACCUGAAGAUCACUUUCAAGGAAAAGAAACUGUCAGUCCAAAACUCAGAGUGUAAGAUUGGUGGAAUCAAGUUGCAUUUUGACGAGACGCAGCACAGGUAUAUGAGAAAUAGAUUAAUUGGUUUGUGUGCAUCACAAGGUUUAGUGCAACGAAGAACUAAACUAGUUUUCUUUUUUCCUAGAAUUCUCAAUGCUUUGCAAAAGAGUUCGUUUGAACGCAGAAUCACGGAAGUGCUGGAGGAUGCGGCUGCUACGGUCAUCCGUCGCAUGAUUCUUCAGUUAAAGCCGGCUUUGCUAUAAUUGCGCAGUACCUUUCUCACCCUUCGCUCGGUUUUCCCCAAUGUAUAUACCUUAUCCCCAUUCUAAUGACAGAACCUCCUCUUCUCGAAAAUGGAUAUCCCACGCUACUGCUGCAGCUCUUGUUGAUUGAUCAAAAAACAUAAGAUAGUAUUAUUCCUUGCGGACCAAAAAAUCUAACGAUCGUUUGGU